GAGUUUCCAGACAGCGAUUCGCCACAGACAGAACCGCUAAACGCUGGGCGGAGAAAAAAACUCGCGAGCACACUUCCACUCUGUUUCUACCACUUCGAACCACUCCGGCGAGAUAGAGUUGCAUAUGUUAGUGCAAUAUGAGUAGAAGAUGUGCCAAAACCUAAACGGAAUUAACCAUAAAACAUCAUUAGGCCUACGGCGUGUUAUGUUAUUGUAGCCUAAUUUGCCGUUUCCAUCUCUAUGCGCUGUUAAAUCCGGUUUAAUAGGGAUUGCUGCAGUUUAUUUGUUUGCAGUUGUGAGAUAAAAGCUCGACUUCUUCUGCCUUUGCUGAUAGGGGUUUCAUUUCUGUUUUUCUGUAGUUGUCAAAGCGGAAUGAAUGACAAAGACAAAGGCUGAUGUUAAUUCGCCAACUCACUUUGUCUCGCCGAAGGAAAGGAGACACAGGCACAAAAUGGAAAGCGGGACGGAGAGCGCCAACAACGGGCAGGCGAAGCCUCAACAGCAGCACCAGUUCGAGCAACAGCCCGUAGUGCAGCCCAUUCAAGUCAACGCGAAGAAAAAAAAUAAUCGGGCUCCAUCACCCGCCAGACCCAAGGAUGUGCCUGGAUGGUCCCUCACGAAGAUCCGUGGAGGAAUCGGUACACCAACACUGAGCGUUAAACCAGGAUCCAUACAUUUAGGCAGCCGGGUGUCCAGGCGUAGUCCGGUUAGCGGGAAAGAGACGAAAUCUGAGAAAGGAAAACUGACGGGAAAAUCCACGUUAUCGGUAGGCAGUGCCCAGAAGAGCAGCAGUAAAUCGAUGAAAGGUGGUCGGAGGAAGGUGUCCGAUGCGAGCAACGCCUCCGACGACCAGAGCAAAGACUCAGGUUGCGCUGCGGGAAAACGGUCGUCAACGGAUAGCAGUUCCGAGCUCUCCGAUUGUGCAUCGGAGGAGAAUAAACUAUCCACCGACGCUCUGAGUAGUGACACCGAAUCCAACAGCCGAGGCGGGGGUCUUGAUGGCGAUCAACCAAGCAGUGACUGCGGACAUGGACCACCGGAUAGGGGUAGUCCUGGUGACCAUCACGCCAAGACCCCAGUUGAUAAGAACCGAAUCUCCCUGGGAGUGGAGACCGUAGGGGGGAGCAUUUCUCCCGGGGAUGAACGGUCUCUUACCUCGUUCGACAGCCGGGUGCCUGCCAGCACAUCCCUAGCUUUCUCCGACCUGACGGAAGAGUUCAUGGAUGGCAUGCAUGAAGAAUUUGUCAGAGAAAUCGAGGAACUGAGAUCAGAAAACGAUUACCUAAAAGAUGAGAUGGAGGAGCUGCGCUCUGAGAUGUUGGAGAUGAGGGACAUGUACAUGGAGGAGGAUGUGUACCAGCUGCAGGAGCUGAGGCAACAGUUUGAGCAGGCCAACAAGACCUGCCGCAUCCUGCAGUACCGCCUCCGCAAGGCUGAGAGACGCAGCCUCCGCGUGGCCCAGACGGGACAGGUAGACGGGGAGCUCAUCCGAACUCUGGAGCAGGACGUCAAGGUGGCUAAAGACGUGUCCAUCCGGCUGCACAACGAGUUGGACUCUGUGGAGAAGAAGAGGGGUCGUCUGGAGCAGGAGAAUGAGGAGCUGAGGGUCAGGCUCCAGGACCUAGAGGUGGCCAAGCAGGUCCUGCAGGCUGAGAUGGAGAAGCAACGAGAGAACUCUCUGAAGAAGAGAGGCGCUCGGCCAAACAACAAGCCAGAGAAGAAGCCAUCUGUCCAGCAGGAGGACAACUCUGACCUCAAGUGCCAGCUCCAUUUUGCCAAGGAGGAGUCCGUGCUCAUGUGCAAGAAGCUGACCAAGAUGGCCAAGGACAGCGAGGCCAUGCGGGAGGAGCUGGCCAAGUACCGCUCGGUCUACGGCGAUGUGGACGCCUCACUCACCGUGGACGAGGUCAACGACUCACCCCACACCCGCGAGGCCGAGGUUAGAGUUCACCUGAAGCUGGUGGAGGAGGAAGCCAACCUGCUGAGCCGGCGCAUUGUGGAACUGGAGGUGGAGAACCGUGGCCUACGGGCCGAGAUGGACGACAUGAAGGGCCAGGAGCUGCCUCCAGGGCUGGGGGUGGGAGGCAUGGGAGGCCCUGGAGGAGGAAGUCUGGAUAACGUGAUGGAGCUCCAGAGGCACCUGCAGUUUGUGGAGGAGGAAGCGGAGCUGCUACGGCGCUCGCUGCUGGAGAUGGAGGAGCAGAACAAGCUGCUGAUGAAUGAGAUCAAUCGCUACAAGUCGGAGCUGCCGCUGACGUUGGACCCAAACCAGGAUGACUCCUCGUCCAUCUCUCUCCUGGAGGACGGUCAUGUUGGGGGAGCUCUCAUCAGCACCGAGGCCCCCCAUGAGGAGCUGCUGCAGGCCGCCAGGCUCCAGAUCGGGGAGCUGAGCGGUAAAGUGAAGAAGCUCCAGUACGAGAACCGUGUGUUGCUGUCCAACCUGCAACGCUGCGACCUGGCCUCCUACCACAGCUCUUCUAGGCCCGCCCUAGAGACCGACGCUGAGGCAGGGGACUCGGCCGAGUGCCUCCCCAGCCAAGCGUGCCGGGAAGGCCCCAUUGGAGGGGAGAACAAGCCCCUGGAGGAGAAGGAGAAGAAGACGUCCCCGGGGGUUCCCAUUCACCUGCACGGUAACGUUCCCCUGGGGCUGAAGGACCAUGAGGCCCUGCUGGCCAUGAGGGACCAGGCCCGCCUCAUCUCUACAGCCAUCCAGCUGCUGACCGCUUCCGAUUCCAACUGCCCCUCCCUCUCCCUCUACCGCAAGAUCUCCUCCAACUCCUCCGGGGAGACUGCAGAGCCCUGUGUCCCAGAGAAGAGCCAGCAGUCCCAACCCUCGGAGCUCCAGGACCUGCCCCUGGUGGAGGCUCUGACGGGCAGGCUGCGAGCGCUGCACACCCAGCUCCAGGCCUUCGUGAAGCGAGUGGAGAGCCUUGGCAGCGCCCCUCCUGGGAAGGAGCAGGUGGAGGGGGCAUCCCCCCUGCCUCUACUGUCCGAAGCUGGAGACUCCGUGGUGGAUACGCCCUCUGCAUCACACCCAUGCCCUCCAGACGACCAGGCGGGUGAGAUCACUGCAGGGCAGAAGCAGUCCAACUUUAGGGACCAAUCAGAGCGCGAAGUGAAAGGUCAGGAGGAGGAGGAGGGUGACAGCCACAUUGACAGCAACAAGAACCAGGUUAAACAGGAGACGGACACAGCCCUGCAGAUCAGUGAGCUGCAGGCCCUUCUGUUGGAGGCGAGGGAGAAUGCUUGCAGGACGCAGGAGGAACUGACUGUGGAGAGACAGGAUCACAGAGACCACACCCACAGCAGCUCACAGACAUUCACACAGCUGCAGGAGGAGCACCAGAAGGCCCUGACGAGAAGGGACUUCCAGCUACAGAGUCUGAGUCUGCAGACGCGGCUGCAGCAGAAGUUCUGGAGCCAAGAGAGGAACCUGAUGUUGCAGGAGUCCCAGCAGCUCAAGCAGACCCUGCUGCUGCUGAGCCUCAAGCUGCGCUGCUUCCUCAAACAGUGGCGGCUGGGACGCAAGCUGGACACGGAGGCCAAGGAUGUCUUGGAGGUGAACAGCCUGAAGGACCUGUACCUGCUGCUGGAGGAGGAGAGUCUGGCCGCCCACCCCCAACAGGGAGACAACAAGAUGACCUCCGCAGAGGAGCAGCACCUCUGCCCCACCAUCUCCAAAGAGCUCUGUGUGCUGGAGAAGAGUUACACACAGACGAGUGGCGUGAGCAGCACACUGGCAGACCUGAAGGGAGUGCUCCAGGAUCUGAGCGGGGAGCUGCGAGAGGAGCGCCAGGGCUCUCAGGAACUGACCCAGCAGUUUGCCCGCGCUAAGGCCUCCUGGGAGGUGGAGAGGACCGAGCUCAAGAGCCUCAUUACCCAGCUGGAGAGCAAGGUGGGCAUGGCUGCCCUGUCCAGGGGGGAGAAGGACCUCCAAGGACCUCCCGACCUGAAGGUGGCACUGAAGAGGGAGCGUGAGGAGCACCAGCACCUCCUGGCCGACUCAUAUGCAGCCGUCAUGGACCUGACCAAGCAGCUGCAGAUGGGCGAGAGGAACUGGAACCGCGAGAAGCUGGAGCUCCUAGAGCAUUUCAGUCAGGAGAGGGGCCAGUGGGAGCAGAGGCUACAGUGCAAGAUGUCUCUGCACUACAAAACCACCCCUGAAACAAAAACUGCACUGGACGUUGUUACAAAUGGAACCAAUUUAUCAAGUACCAAGUCCAUCCCGUCCAUGUUGGAGGGUCUGCUGGAGGCCUGUCCUUUCCUUCCGGGUCAGGAGGUCAACGGUACAGACAAUGAGGAGGGAGAGAAGGACCAGCCGAGCACCCAGGCCCAUUCCCUUCUAACCCACACAGACCCGGGUGACCUCACCAGGAAGAACUGGAAGUACCUGACCAAUGAGAUGGCUCUGAUGGAGCAGGGUGAUGCCCCCUUCAAGACGUGGGACUGCCCCAGCUCCCCCAGCAGUUUCCUGGACCUGGAGAGCAUCCAGAGGAGCUACACGGCCCCCGACAAGACCGGCAUCCGCAUCUACUACAGCCCCCCUACCAUGCGACGUAUGGAGAGCCGGCUGGCCAAGGAGAAGCAGGACAAACCUCAAGCCCAGCAAGGCCACCUGUCUCGGGCUUCAACUCCCUCAGAUGCUGUGGCCCUGGGGGGCCAACGUCCCUCCUCCUCCUCUGCCUCCUCCUCUUCGUCCUAUGACCAGUGGUUGAGCUCUCUGUCCAAGCAGCACAGGGACCUUCUGGAGAACAGCAGCGGUGGCGCGGGGGUGACGCCCUUCCACGGCCUGGAGAUCUCUGCCAACCUCUCGGAUGACAUGAAGGAGAUGACCAACUGCGUGCGCCAGGCCAUCCGCUCCAGCUCUCUGGAGAGGAAGUGCAGCAAGGAUGUGAGCAGCCAGACGGUGGGGGUGUCUAGCCGCUCCACCCAGACGGUCCAGUUUGUGAGCGUGGGGCUGCAGACGGAUGGGCUCGGGUCUCGGGGGGUGGGGGGCUUCCACACCAAAUCCUCCUGGUCCCUCCGGCCCUCGUCGUCGCUGGCCUCGGCCCGCUCGCGCCACAUCUCCUCAUCACUGGAUAAGGUGCACAGCCGCAUCGACAGGCCUUGCUGCUCACCCAAGUUCGGCUCCCCCAAGCUACAGCGACGCAUUUCCGCCUCCUCCUCCAAGCUGGACGGAGGAGGAUUGUCCUCGGCUUCUUCCAGAGACCGCAGCCUGUGGAACCUCCACCAGCGGUCCUCGACCUCCAGCGGCUCGGCCUGGGCCCGUUCCACCACCACCAGGGACAGCCCCGUGCUCAGCGGCCUCAACGAUGGCCUGUCCAGCCUGUUCAGCGUGGUGGAACACUCCGGCAGCGUAGAGUCCCUGUGGAAGAGUGAGCCAGGGGCCAGCCCAGCCCGCCAGGCAGCAGGGAAGCCCUCUGGCCCUGGACCAGACACCGGAGCCCAGAAAUACGGCCCCUUCCAGGAGUUUUUCAGGAACGUGUGCGGCCGGACCGGAACGACCAUGCCCGGGGGAGGGGAGAGGGGGCAGAGGGAGGUGGGGGCCAUGGAUGAGCCCAAGCCUGAGUGCCUUUCCGGGGUUUCGCUAGUGGGGAACGACAGCGUCACCAAGAUCGUCAACAAGAGAUUCAUGAGACAGAUGCCCAGGGAGGAGUUGGGGGCCACUGCUAACGAUCUCACUGCCAGGGACCUGACCUUGAGCUCCAGCAUGGAGGAUGCAGCGUGUGAUUGCAACUCCCAGUCUCUUACAUCCUGCUUCGCCCGGCCCUCUCGCUCGGCCACACGCCAUUCACUGGCCCACUGCAUGCACCGCUCUCAGGAGCCUCCCACGGCAACGGAGGAGAGAGUGGAUGCAGGCAAUGAGUGAUGGAUCAGAGAGAGCACAGACGUUCACACACACACACACACACACACACAUAUAUAUACUGCCUCACCAACACACUGCCACAUAAGCUACAGUACUGUCACAAAACGUAGACACAAACAUCUUGGCUACACCAACACACUGCUACAUACAUACUGUACAUACACACAAUCCCUCACAAACUGCCACACAGAACCACUGUCACAUGCACACACACACACGUCUGGAAUUGGAAAUCAACCCAAGCAGCACAUUCUAAUGCCAAGGAUAUAGGAAGACCAGAAUCUCCUAGGAUUCCUCUUUGAGCACCAGAACCACUACCAACUACCAGCAGGACAACAACCUCACACACAACACACAAACUGGAACAGUAAUGACACACUACUCCCUAUAUACUGCAGUAUUUAGGGAAUAGGGUGAUAUUUUGCACGCAAACAGUUUGUGGAAACGACCACCUAGGAAUUCAGACAGUCUUAUAUGAUGUCAGAACCACAACACUCUACUUUACCCGGGAAUUUUUGGAAUUGCAUAGGGAAAACACAUACUGGGCUACUAGAUUUCUACAACGUGGAUCUUCCCAACCGACAGGGAUAUGAGGUGGUUUGUUAGCUGCUCCCAUUCCAAGUACCAAUCCUAUUCCCAGUCCAAUUCCCAAGCCAGCACCAGUCCCUUCCCAAGCCAGCAUUUGGAGAGCUGCUCCUCCCUAACACCAAGCAGAGGAUUCUACUGGUGUGGACCACCUCUUGCCAUUAUCAACCAACAACCAUAAAAAAACAUCUCAUCAACGUAUGUUCAUAUUUUAUGUCAACUGCUUCCCUGUUGUUUUUCUGAAAGACUUUCAUCCAAUGAAGGGGUAGGACAAUUACGUCCUUAUGUUACGUAUGAUAUGAUGAUCCUAUGUUUUCUAAAGGUUGUUUGAAUGUUUGUAAUCUGCCUGUUGUUGGCACACAUUGAUAGGAUGGUGGUUAAGACUCUGAGACCCUAUGAGUUUUGUCUCUUGUGUGUACUAUACUGUAGGAUGUAGAUGUAUAAGAGGAUCGAAACCCAGCUGUAAAGAUUACUCCCUGCCAGGAAAAAACACAAACUUGUCCCAUUUUGAGAGACAAUGCAUUCCUUUGUUACGUUACAAUUCCAAUUACACUCUGGUUAAUCUGUUAACGUGUGAGUGUGUGUGCGUGCACUGUGUGUUUGUGAGUGUGAGAGACAGAAUGCUCAUUUUCAGCAUUCUAGAAUGCCUUUGCCACAUUCCCAUAUAGUGAAGGCAGUUGUUGUUGCACAGUGUUUCUGCUUCAUCCUCAGCCAUCGACUGUCUGUGUUCCUGACCUCUUUUCUCCUGCUUUAAAUGUUACAGGACACAAUGUCCUCUACAGAAGGUUAGCUGCUUCCUUUUCUCAUGUCACCACUGAAGUCUUGAGAUAUUGUACAGUACCAGUCAAAAGUUUGGACACACUACUCAUUCAAGGGUUUUUCUUUAUUUUUACUAUUUUCUACAUUGUAGAAUAAUAGUGAAGACAUCAAAACUAUGCAAUAACACAUAUGGAAUCAUGUAGUAACCAAAAAAGUGUUAAACAAAUCAAAAUAUAUUUUAGAUUCUUCAAAGUAGCCACCCUUUGCCUUGACAGCUUUGCACACUCUUGGCAUUCUCUCAACCAGCUUAAUGAGGAAUGUUUUUCCAACAGUCUUGAAGGAGUUCCUACAUAUUCUGAGCACUUGUUAGCUGCUUUUCCUUCAUUCUGCGGUCCAACUCAUCCCGGACCAUCUCAAUUGAGUUGAGGUCGGGUGAUUGUGGAGGCCAGGUCAUCUGAUGCAGCACUCCAUCACACUCCUUCUUGGUCAAAUAGCCCUUAAACAGCCUGGAGGUGUGUUGGGUCAUUGUCCUGUUGAAAAACAAAUGAUAGUCCCAAUAAGCGCAAACCAGAUGGGUGGAAACCACACAUGCAAAAAUCAUAUGUUCACCUACUCUGCGUCUCACAAAGACACGGAGGUUGGAACCAAAAAUCUCAAAGUUUGACUCAUCAGACCAAAGUACAAAUUUCCACCAGUCUAAUGUCCAAUGCUCGUGUUUCUUUGCCCAAGCAAGUCUCUUCUUUUUAUUGGUGUCCUUUUGUAGUGGUUACUUUGCUUUUACUUUAAUUCAACCAUGAAGGCCUGAUUCACGCAAUCUCCUCUGAACAGUUUAUGUUGAGAUGUGUCUAUUACUUGAACCCCGUGAUGCAUUUAUUUGGGCUGCAGUCUGAGGUGCAGUUAACUCUAAUGAACGUAUCCUCUGCAGCAGAGGUAACUCUGGGUCUUCCUUUCCUGUGGCGGUUCUCAUGAGAGCCAGUUUCAUCAUAGCGUUUGAUGGUUUUUGCAACUGCACUUGAAAAAACUUUCAAAGUUCUUGACAUUUUCCAGAUUGACUGACCUGUUCUUGCCAUAAUAUGGACUUGGUCUUUUACCAAAUAGGGCUAUCUUCUGUAUACCACCCCUACUUUGUCACAACUCAACUGAUUGGCUCAAACGCAUUAAGAAGGAAAGAAAUUCUACAAAUUAACUUUUAACAAGGCACACCUGUUAAUAGAAAAGCAUUCCAGGUGACUACCUAAUGAAGCUGGUUGAGAGAAUGACAAAAGUGUGCAAAGCUGUCAUCAAGGCAAAGGGUGGCUAUUUUGAAUAAUCUCAAAUAUAAAAUAUAAUUUGAUUUGUUUAACACUUUUUAGGUUACUAUGUGUUAUUUCGUAGUUUUGAUUUCGUCACUAUUAUUCUACAAUGUAGAAAAUAGUAAAAAUAAAGAAAAACCCUUGAAUGAGUAGGUGUGUCCAAACCUUUGACUGGUACUGUAUGUGUAAUGUUUCUUAUGAAUAAACAACAUUGUGAAAAUGGAGAGAACAAAGGCCUCAGUUUUGAAGAGAGUUUGUUGUACCUUUAUAUUAAAUCAGAGUCUGAGAAGUUGUCUAGUUAGAUUUGGUGUAUUCCAUCUAUUUCAGUGUCUCUCUAAGGUCUGAUAGCUGUCAAUCAGUCUGUUAAUAUGGUGACUGUUGUAGUGCCUGGUAGACUAGGUCAGUGCGCACCAAACCGCACGUCAGAACAACAUCCCCAGACCUUUUCAGCGGACACCAUUGUUCAUGUAAUAAUUUUAGACACAAGGGAGAUAUAACCUGUACUCUUAAGUAGAUCAUUCUGAAGUAACACACCAUCAGCAACUCUUAAAAGCACAGAGAGAGAGCGAAUGGUUUACUUUCUUUUGAUACCAAGGAACUUUUUUCAGAGUAAAUUAUUUUGAUUUGUUUUUUAUAAAUGUUUAUAUAUAUUUGUUUUUCUCUCGGAUUGCAAUGGUGCUGGACUAAUAGUGCAGAUUCUGUUAUUUUAAAAAGGGCUUUUUACAAGGCUUUUAUGUAAGAAAAAUUACUCAGCUUUGCUAUAUUGGCACAUAGUAUUCUAUUUAAAUGGCUAUUGGUUAGGAGUCAGUCCCUGGCAGGUGCCUUAAUGAUGAGCAUGUCACUGUCGUAAAAACGGAUUUAGCCGCUACCCCUGAGAGCCUCACUGAUCAUGUAACAGGCACAUACACACACCACUCUCUCUCGCUCUCUCAGUAUCUCUCACUCUCUCUCUUUCCCUCCCUAGAAGCUGAGUUACCAUGGGCAGUCAGCAGGCUCUUUUGUGUGUUUCUUCUUGUUGUAAGAAGGAAAUGAUGACUCUCUUUAAAUAGGGCAUUACAGUAGCAGGCCUCUCAAAGUCUUUAAAUGUACUUGUGGUUCAAACCCAAAGUUUCUCACAGGCCCAGCCAUCCAACCACUGACAAGCAUGAUUCCAGUCCACACAGACAGACUUAACUGGUCUGGUUCCUCCUGCCUUUGAUAAAAGCUGCUGCCAUACCCGUUACGCUACCUCCCUGGCCUCCUCUGCCCUUUGACCUGAAAGAACUAAAUGCAAGGCUGUCACUUGUACCUAACUACCUGCCCGAGACCCACCAUGUUUGUUGUGUUGUCAGUAAGAACCUUUCUAAAAAUAAAAAUGUAUCGGUGAGCAGCAGCAGUUAGCAAAACACAAUAAAGUGUUAUACAGUAUCCCAAACCACUUUGCUGUUCUACGUUCUACGUUCCUAAAACAAGUAACUGAGCACAUGAAUGGAAGUGAAGUGAAGUCAUAAUUAUGUACAUUUUAAAAGGGAAUUGAAAAUAUGAUGAUAUGCUUCUUCUUAAUACACUUCGGGUUUUAUGUUUACAGUAAAGGUCUUUCCUAUUGUUUUUUUAAAUAGUUUCGGUCUAAUAUAGCCUUUCUACCUGUCUGUCAGGUACAUAUGUUAGGCUCCUCCCCCUCAGGUAACAGUAGCUGGUCACACAGCAGCAGGUAGCCAAUGACAGGAGAGAGCCUUGGUUCAGUCUAAAGCAACGGUCCAAUCAGAGAGAGAGAUACUGCUAGGCAUGAGAGGGCAAUGCCACUGUACCAUUUCAUUGUUCAUCUAUCCUUAAGCAAACUGCAUGAUAUCACCUCCCCAUCCACACUGUCCACUGUCACAUCACAAUGCCUAGCAAUAUGUACAUGAAUUAGUUUACGCUUUUAAUAAUAUUAGCUAAAUUAUUACUGAAAGAUUGCCUGUAUAUUCGCUUUAUAUAUUUCCUUUCUUUCUAAAACAUUGACUCUUGGGAAAAAGAGAAUGCAAUGACUGAAAAUGAAACAAAAAAAUCAUUGCUUGUAUUGUUACUUGAAAAGGAUACAUCAACAUAUUAUUUGUACUCUUUCUAUCCUGCGUAGAGAAUAAAGCUGAAUGUCUACUGUAGCUAUGAGCUGACUGUUGAAGUAUGUAGCUCUCUCCCUUUCUACAGAAACUAUGUCUUUGUACAUAGGCUCAUUUUAAAAAAGAAAGAUAAGAAGAAAUGGAACGGGAUUUAGAUUUUUAGGGGGUUUUGGGGUUGUUCUUUUCCAACCAUGUACCCUGUUCAGCUGAGAUCUCAUUUCCUUCUGUUUGUCAUAUAGACCACAAAUAAAUGUUUGUUGAAAAUAAAGAAUCUAUUCUCUCA